CGCCCUCGAGCUCGAAAAUGUUCAGCAGGCUUGCGCUCGUAGUGGGCUUUUGUACGGACGGGAAAGCACGCUUUGAGGCGCGGUAAAGCGCUCGGAGAGAGCUGCCUCUCGGUGCGGUCGCUCGCUGGAACCUGAGGAGAGUCUGAGCGGGAGGGAAGCGGACGAGCCACAACAGCGGGAGUGAUGUCAAAUCCCGGGACUCGACGGAACGGCUCCAGCAUCAAGAUCCGACUGACAGUCUUGUGUGCCAAGAAUCUGGCAAAGAAGGAUUUCUUCCGGUUGCCAGACCCCUUUGCCAAGGUGGUAGUAGAUGGAUCGGGACAGUGCCAUUCCACAGACACAGUCAAGAGCUCACUAGACCCCAAGUGGAACCAGUACUAUGACCUGUAUAUUGGGAAGAGCGACUCUAUAACCAUCAGCGUGUGGAACCAGAAAAAGAUCCACAAGAAGCACGGAGCAGGCUUCCUGGGCUGCGUGAGACUGCUGUCCAACGCUAUCAGCCGGCUGAAGGACACGGGCUACCAGCGGUUGGAACUAUGCAAACUUAACCCCACCGACAGUGAUACAGUGCGUGGCCAAUUAGUUGUGAGUUUACAGACGCGAGACCGUACAGGAAAUGGGGGACCUGUUGUGGACUGCAGGGGACUCUCAGAAAUUGAAGGACCGGUAUGUGAGGAUUCUGGGCCUGGGAGGCCGCUCAGCUGCUACAUGGAGGAGCCCCUGCCCUACACAGACAGCACGGGGGCUGCUGGUGGGGGUAACUGCCGCGUUCUGGAGUCACCCGGUCAAGAGCAGAGGCUCCAGGUGCAGCGACUCCGGAACCAAGAGCCUAGAGGUCAUGUGCAAAGCCCUCAGAAUCGAGCACACGGGCACCAGUCACCUGACCUGCCGGAAGGCUAUGAGCAAAGGACAACAGUUCAAGGCCAGAUUUAUUUUCUACACACACCGACCGGUGUAAGCACUUGGCACGACCCAAGAAUACCGCGGGACCUCAACAGCAUGAGUUGCGAAGACCUGGGGCCCCUCCCCCCAGGCUGGGAGCUCAGGAGCACGGUGUCAGGGAGGAUCUAUUUUGUUGACCAUAAUAACAGGACGACACAGUUCACAGACCCCAGGUUGCAUCACAUUAUGAGCCAGCAGUAUCAGGUGAAGGACUCCAACCAGGCCUUGCUGGCUUCAUCGGAUGUGCCAGUGGAGGAGGGUGGCAGUGGAGGCGAAGGAGAGCUGCCUGUUCGCUCCGAACGAGACCUUGUCCAGAAGCUCAAGUUGCUGCGGCACGAAUUGUCUCUGCAGCAGCCGCAGGCAGGCCACUGCCGCAUCGAGGUGUCCCGUCAGGAAAUCUUUGAGGAGUCCUACAGACAGGUCAUGAAGAUGAGAUCCAAAGACCUGAAGAAGCGUCUCAUGGUGAAAUUCCGUGGAGAAGAAGGACUUGAUUAUGGUGGAGUAGCAAGGGAGUGGUUGUAUCUUCUGUGCCAUGAGAUGCUGAAUCCAUACUAUGGCCUCUUCCAGUAUUCCACAGAUAACAUAUAUACUCUGCAAAUAAAUCCCGACUCCUCCAUCAACCCUGAUCAUUUGUCAUAUUUCCAUUUUGUGGGUCGGAUAAUGGGUCUGGCCGUCUUCCACGGCCACUACAUCAACGGGGGCUUUACCCUGCCCUUCUACAAGCAACUGCUUGGGAAGCCCAUUCAAUUGUCAGAUCUGGAGACAGUGGACCCAGAGCUGCACAAGAGCCUGGUGUGGAUCUUAGAAAAUGAUAUUACAGCAGUCCUAGAUCACACGUUUUGUGUCGAACACAAUUCAUUUGGGAAAUUUCUUCAGCAUGAACUGAAGCCUAAUGGUAGGAAUAUUCCAGUUACGGAGGAGAACAAAAAAGAAUAUGUAAGGCUCUAUGUGAACUGGCGGUUUAUGAGAGGAAUCGAAGCCCAGUUUCUAGCGCUGCAAAAGGGCUUUAGUGAGCUAAUUCCACAACAUCUGUUAAAGCCAUUUGAUCCCAAGGAGCUGGAGCUGAUCAUCGGGGGCUUGGGGAAGAUCGACCUAAACGACUGGAAGGCCAACACACGGCUGAAGCACUGCGCAGCUGACAGCAAUGUUGUUAAGUGGUUCUGGCAGGCAGUGGAGUGCUUCGAUGAGGACCGGAGGGGCAGGCUGCUGCAGUUUGUCACGGGAUCCACGCGCGUCCCCCUGCAAGGAUUCAAAGCACUGCAAGGUUCUACAGGUUCUGCAGGACCAAGACUGUUCACUAUCCACUUGAUAGAUGCCAACACAGAUAACUUGCCUAAAGCCCACACUUGCUUUAACCGCAUUGAUAUGCCACCAUACGAAUCGUAUGAGAAGCUGUACGAGAAGCUCCUGACAGCGGUGGAGGAGACGUGCGGAUUUGCAGUGGAGUGAGAACCCUGGCAGAGCCUGCGGUGCAGUGACCCGAGUACUCGAGUAGUGGGACGAUGGUACGCGGCUACGUCAGGAUGCACAGCUCAAUGCGAGCUGCAGCUCAGAAACUGGAGUGUGACCACCAAGACUUUGGAACGUAUGGACUGUGUCACAGAGUGUUUUCAAUCUGAGUUGACUGUGGGGUUUGUGUUAAUAGGAAAUAACUCACUAACGAACUGCCAGAAUGGCUCUUCUCAGUAGUCUGACCUGCACCCGACU